CCAGUGCCCAGAAGGACUCGCACCUAGUUCGCAUUCGCAGGCUUUCAGCUGCAUGGGCACGGACCCGUCCUCGUAUCCAUCUCGCGGCUGUGGUGGAGCCUGGAGGCGCGCACACCACAGAGCCUGAUAAGAUGGCUGAGUUGCUUGCCGAGUACUGGGGAAAGAUAUUCUCCAACUCCCAGCACCCUGAUGCGCACGCGUCGCCGUUGCUGGAGUGCCUCUCGUCUGUGCACAGUAAUGGGGACCAAUUUGUCAGCAGCACCCACACGUACCACAAUUGGAUUUUGAGUAAAAGCGAAUUUGUUGACAUGGCCCAGCGUAAAAAAGACUCGGCCCCCGGCCCUGACGGCAUCCGAUAUUCCGGGUGGGAAGCUAUCGGUUCCCUGGGAUACGAUUUAUUGUGCAACCUCUACACCCACCUGGUGACUGGUAGUCGUCUCGCCCCGUCCUUCAACUACUGUAAGAUGAUCUUCCUUCCUAAAGGUUCCCUCUCAGGAAGUGGUGCCGAGGCCCGCCCGCCAAGUGUAACUAGACCGCUGUCCUUGAGCAACACCGACAACACAAUAGUCUCGGCCGCCGUUGCCUCGCCGCUGAAUGCCGUCGCUGCCGAUGUCGUAGACUGCUCCCAGAGGGGUUUCGUGAAAGGCCGAUCGCUCAUUGACAACCUCGUCGAAUUCGAUGCUCACUAUCAGUUUUGGGGUGAUCUCUACGGGCUGAAGGACAGCGGCGCCACGCCUUUCGACUUUAAGCAGGCGUUCCCAUUGGUUUUCCACGACUGGAUCGCUGCCGUGCUGGAUAAGUUUGGUAUCCCGACUUGCAUCCGCUUCGCGAUUCACUCCCUGUACGACCUGAAUUGGACCAUGGUUCCGAAAAUGAAGCAAGGUUGCCCGAUGAGCGGGGUCCUCUUUGCCAUCAUCCUCCACCCCGUUCUCGUCAAAGUCAAGAGAUUCCAGCAGUCUUACGAAUUCAUCCUGCCGUGCUUUGCAGAUGACAUUGCGCUCGUGGCCAGGCACCUACUUGCCGUCUUGCCUCUGGUCGUCCGUGAGCUCGUGUCCUCAGGGCAGUGGACGGGUCUUGUAUUGAACCUUGGUAAGUGCCACAUUAUGAUGUUGCAUGUCAAUGACAAAGAGUCCCUGGUCCAGGUGUUCAGAGACAACACCCCCAGGAUGAAUGUUAAAAAGUUUUCGUUUGGAUCCAGUGGCCUCUACCUUGGUGCGAUCGUGGGCCCAGAUGGGCACUUUAAGAGCUGGUACGCACCUGCUCAGAAGUUGUUCGACAGAUGCACGUGCAUCAAGGGCCUGAAGCUGGGGCUGAACUUCGCUCUUCCUGUCCUCUCCCAUGUCGCCCAGUGCUACGAGCCCAGCAAGCUCGUUCACGUCAAGGCCCGCGAGGGCUUGCAGCGGCUGACCAACGCCCCUCGGUACGCAUUCUCCCCGCUCGCCCUGCACCACAUGAAAAAGAUCGGUCUCGAGAGCGAGGCCCAAGAAGUUCGAGUCACCGCUCCUGCCGCUCUGCUGCGUGCCGCCACCCGUUCUGAUGCCUUCUGGAGAAUGAAAGACUGGCUCGCGGAGAUCAGAGAAGACGAUGACCAGUGCAUCGCCAGAGUUAUCUCGUUCCCCUCGUCCAACCCCAUCGUUGCCCACAUGAACAGAGAGCUGGAGCCCUGCAAGGUGUCGAGCUGGACGGAGUGGGGCGAGUGCAAGGGCGGCUGCGGCAUGGGCGUUGCCCUGCGGCUGCGCCACGUGGUCAGCGUGGGGAGGACGACCCAGCCGUGCGAGGAGUCGUUGCAGGAGGCAAAGGCCUGCUUCACUGGGCACAACUGCACCAAGGUGGACUGCGAGUGGGCCGACUGGGAGGCGUGGACCGAUUGCACGGCUUCCUGCGGCGGCGGCACGAAGCGCAGGAGCAGGGCGGUGGCGGCCGUUCCGAAGCACGGCGGCGCCGCGUGCCCCGCGGAAGCUAAGUCAGAGGUGGCCUCCUGCGCGGAGAAGAGCUGCGACAACUGCGUGGACGGCACCUGGAGGCAAUGGUCUAGCUGGAGCAACUGCUCCGACACGUGUUACCCCGCCUACAAGGUGAGGCACCGAGAGCUGAAGACGCGGCCGAAUUUUUGCGGGGUGGCCGCCACCGGCCUGGAGGACGACUACACACUCUGCAAGGAGCUGCCUCCGUGCGAGAAACAGCAGGAUUGCGAGCUGUCGGACUGGGCGGAGUGGAGCCGCUGCGCGGUCAAGUGCUUCGGGGUGCGCGAGCGUGCGAGGCACGUCGCGAAGAUGGCCUCCGGUGGCGGGAGGUCGUGCCACAACGAGAGCCUGAAGGAGGUCGAGCCCUGCAACCCCGGGCCAGGCGAGGAGGUGUCCCCCGAGUGCGGGCCCGACACCCCCGAGAGCUGCAAGGUUGGCGAGUGGGAUGACUGGUCCGAGUGCUCGGCCACCUGCGACGGGGGCCAGAGGAAGCGGCGGAGGCACGUCCUGAGCCCCGCGGCGAACGGCGGGGACCCGUGCACCGACGACCUGAUGGUCACCGCGUCCUGCGGCGCGGACGCCUGCAACGCGUCGGCGACCUGCAAGGACUGCGAGUGGGGCGAAUGGAGCGAAUGGGGCGACUGCUCCUGCGCAGGGCAGCGCAUCCGGAACCGCGGCAUCGCCAAGCAGCCCAACUCGUGCGGCCGCCCGUGCGAGGAGGGCUCGGCGCGCGAGACGGAGGCGUGCGACGCAAACUGCGGCGACAGGCUGUUCUGCGCCUGGUCCGAAUGGAGUGGCAUGGGCGACUGCUCUGCAACGUGCGGGUCCUCCACGAAAAUGCGCCAGCGCACCUUGACGCUGUCCAACAGCGAGAAGGACGGCGAGUACCUCUUCGUCGCCGACCAGAGCAGCCCCUGCAACGGCAACCAGAUCGACGUGAAGCCCUGCCCUUUCACCGCCUGCGAGGGCCAGUGCACGCCCACCGACUGCCAGUUCGGCGCCUGGAGCCCGUGGUCGGAGCCCAGCUGCGCGCAGCUGUGCACCCGCAAGCGCGCCGUGGAGACCGAGGGCUCCUGCCAGGGGAAGCCCUGCAAGGGGCCGCUGCUGGAGACCAAGCCCUGCAGCAAGGACUGCUUCCUGCCAGUGGACUGCGAGCUCGAGGACUGGACCGCCUGGAAUAAGACCGGCUGCAACCAGACCGGCCAGCAGUACCGCACCAGAGCGGUCCAGGCGCGCGCCGAGAACGGCGGGAAGCCUUGCGACGGCCCCCUCAUGCAGGCACACCCGUGCCCGCUGAAGGAGGAGCCCAAGGUGGACUGCAGGCUGGCGGACUGGGCGGACUGGACCUCCUGCACGGAGGGCUGCGGCGGCGGCAUCACGACGCGGUCGCGGGACGUCCUCGCCGAGGGCUCCGGCGGCGGGAAGCUCUGCGGCGGGGGGCUGGACGAGAUCAACGUGUGUAAUACGCAGAAGUGCGACGUGGUCUUGCCAUGCAAGUUCGGGGACUGGGGCGAGUGGAGCGUCUGCGAGGAGGGCGGCUUGACGAGGUACCGCAGCCGCGUGAUCGAGCAGUGGCCCUCCCUGGGCGGCGGGGCGUGCGCAGGGGCGCUCCGCGAGAGCGAGGCGUGCAGCGCGGACGUGGACUGCGAGGUCUCCGCGUGGACCGGGUGGGACGACUGCGACAAGACGUGCGGCGGGGGCCAGCAGGUGCGGCAGCGCUUCGUCGAGACCACCCCAAGGGGCAACGGUAGGCGGUGCCCGACAUCUCUGGAGGAGGUCCGCGGCUGCGCUGAGGAGUCGUGCGGCGACACCGACUGCACGGUGGGCGACUGGUCGCACUGGGGCGCCUGCAGCACGUCGUGCGGCUCUGGUGCACGGAACCGCUCGAGGUCCUACACCGAGAGGUCGUUCGAUUCUGGCACCGGCUGCAGCCUCGACUUGUCGGAGGCCGCGCCGUGCCACGGUCCGCCUUGCGGGUGCAAGGACUGCAAGUGGGGCGACUGGGAGGAGUGGUCGAAGUGCAGUGCAUCCUGCGACGGCGGCCAACGCGCGCGCCAGCGCAACAUCGAGCAGGCUCCAGAGCCCGGUUGCAAGCCUUGCUCUGCCGAGUUGAAGGAGGAGAUGGAGCCGUGCGGCACCCAGUCCUGCGAGGAGAAGACCUGCAUGGACGGCGAGUGGGCCGAGUGGGGCGAGUGGGAGGCGUGCUCGGCCACCUGCGAGGGCGGCUGGACGUGGCGGGGGCGCUUCGUCUCCAAGGAGGCGAACGACUGCGGGCGCCCCGCCGUGGGGCCGUCGCAGGAGAGCAAGCCCUGCAACGACGACGUGCAGUGCUCGCCCGACGUCGACUGCGAGUUUGGCGACUGGGGCAAGUGGAGCGGGUGCUCCGCGGACUGCGCAGGCGUCCGGCGGCGCGAGCGGGUCAUCGCCAGGCACGGCGUCGGCGGCGGCGCUGCGUGCGAGGGCUCCCUGGAGCAGAGCGAGCCGUGCCAGAAGGACGCGGGGCUCCUGAAUUGGAAGGACAACGAGCGUUACCUGAAGCUCGAGACCGUGACCAACAACAACCUCGGGUACGCCGGCCCGGGCGAGGACUCGGGCGGCAAGGAGGACGACCGCCUGUCGCGGCCGCCCAACAUCCGCUACGAGCGGGCCCUGGACGUCGGCGGCGCGGCCGCGGACCUGGUGAUCUUCCCCAAGAGCCCCUACUCGCCGUGCGACGUGGGCCUGAAUGGCGCGGCGUCUCCCUGGCUGGGCUCCAUCAGCGUCAAGUCCGGCGCCAGCGUGGUGCUGGAGUUUGCGCUCGUCGACACGAAGACCGGCGCUCCAGUGGUCGUAGAGGAUCUGGCCCUGAAGUUCUUCGACAUGGACCAGGGUAGCGAAGGCAAGUCCAGCGAGGUCGUGUCCGCCAAGGGCUUCAAGCACUUCCGCGUCAUCCACGACACCGCCAUCGUGUCCGCCACGGACGAGGAGAGCGGCGUCACCAUGUUCCACGCGGGCGCGCUCGCGGAGGGGGCCCAGGCGGGCGACCCGAGGAACACCACGGAACCGCAGGAGCAGAAGUCGCUCACGCUGGUCUACUCGCGCAUGUCCAAGGUCGACCUGUCCCUGGAGGUCUCGCCGGGCCCGCUCUGCCAGUCGUUCGUGUUCGCUGCCAGGGCCUGCCUGACGGGCUGCGGGCUGGCGGAUGCGUGCGAGGACGAGCCCGCGGUGGACUGCAAGUACAGCGACUGGAGUAGCUGGGCUGACUGCGCGGCCACCUGCGGCUCUGGGCAACGGUCGCGCGAGCGCAGGGUGGUGCAGCAGGCCUCGGGCAGCGGGGCCCGCUGCACGGGUGCCCUCAGCGAGACGGGGCGCUGCAACAACAGCGCCUGCCCGGGCGAGUGCAGCCCUGUGGACUGCACGUGGCGGGACUGGGGCGAGUGGGGCGAGUGCGACCGGUGCGGGGGCCAGACGACCCGCUCCAGGAGAGUCCUGGAGCACGCCAGCUGCGGCGGCGCCUCUUGCGACGCGGGCGCGGCGGAGGAGACGAAGAAGUGCACGCGGACCUGCAACACGAGGAGCUGGUGCGCGUGGGACGAGUGGGGGCUCUGGGGCCCAUGCUCCGCGACGUGCGGCAAAGGCCUGCAGGCCCGGGAGCGGGCGAUGAAGUCCGUCAGCGGUCCAGCGGACUCAGGC